AUGAAUAAUAAUCCUUCACAAAAUGAUCAUAACGAUCAAAUUUUUACUGAAUCCAAUAAUUUACAACCAACCGCUGAUAUUAUUCAACCGGAACAAGGAUAUUUUCCAAAUAUCGUUGCUUCCAAUUCUGGCUUUUCCAUGAACGAUGAUAAUAUUUGUCCGACAUCUCAAACAAAUAAUAAUUAUUCUGUUCAUCAACACGCAUUUAAUGAAAACAUUACAAUUUCGCGAUCCUACCCUCCAAUUGAUUUACAACAAUCAACUGCUAAUGCUAUUCAACCGGAUGUUAUCAAUGUUGACUUUUCCCUGAUGAACGAUAAUAGUAUCUCCCCAACGCCUCACACAAAUAACAAACACUUCAAUCAACAACAUACGUCUAAUGUGCAAUCUUAUCCUCCUCCGAUCACCUCUUCGUAUGCGCAGCAAUAUGGUCACCCGUCAUCGUCGCAACCUAUUGAAAAUACUUCUACAUUUAAUACGACAACUAUUAACCCUUCUCAACCUGAAAUCUUUAGUUUUGAUAUUCCUGGGUUUAAAAUAAUCAUUGUGCCUACCUUUCCUCAACAAGAUAAUACUUAUUCGAACUAUUCUUCUUUGGGUAUUACGGAUAAUCAAUUUACUCAAUUUCGACAAUAAAAUUAUAAUUGCGUAACGUAUAUAACUUAAACGUGAAAUCUAUUUCUUAAAUUC